AUGGGAACAGAAAAUAGUGUUAUUAUGGAUGUUCAAAGGUACUUGCGACGUGGUGAGGCCGAUCAACUUGCUGGAGAAAGAAGCUUCAUCUAUGGCAAAAGUACAGCCAACCAAAGAAUUGAGAGCUGGUGGGGUAUUCUUAGAAAAGAAUGUGUGGAUUUAUGGCUUGAAUAUUUUCACCAGAUUAAAGAUGAAGGCUACUUCAAUGGCAGCUUUCUGGACAAGAACCUUGUGUUAUUCUGUUUCCUGGGUUUGAUCCAGGAAGAGCUGGAUUCGACCAAAGACACGUGGAACAGCCACCUGAUUCGGCCAUUAAGAAAUAGCCUUGUACCCCAUGGUCGGCCGGAUGUCAUGUACACCCUUCCUGAAUUAUAUGAGACAGAAGACUACAUAAGCCAAGUGACAGUGGAAGACUGUGACACCUGUGAAGAUCAAUGUAUCCAUCGCUCUGACAUCCCUUGUGAUGAGGACAUUUUCACCCUGUGUUCACACAUCAUGGCACAACAUCAGCUUCGUAUUCCCAAGGAAAGGUUUACAGCACUUAAUAUGUAUCUUGCACUAAGACAAGAGCUUACCUCUCUUGUGUUAAAUAUUGUGAGAUAA